GUUGAAGUUGCUUUUAAACACAGCUUUUCUUCUUUGCCUGUCCAGGUAGCUUCUGUUUUCAUAUCAGUCUUAAUGAAAGCUUUUGGGUUUACAGAUCGAGUUACUUUUCAAAGCAGCUGAAAACUGAACCGAAUGGGGAUUGAGCUGCUCUGCCUGUUCCUGCUACUUCUAGGAAGGAAUGAGCUCGUCCAAGGUGGUUGUGCCUGGGGCGGUGCAGAGACCUGCUCAGAUUGCUUGCUCACGGGACCUCACUGUGCCUGGUGCUCCCAGGAGAAUUUUACCCACCCGUCCGGAGCUGGCGAGAGGUGCGACACACCUGCAAACCUUUUGGCCAAAGGAUGUCAACCGCCCUUCAUCGAAAACCCUGCCUCCCAAAUAGAAAUACUUCAAAAUAAGCCGCUGAGCGUGGGCCGACAGAGAAACAGUUCUGACAUUGUUCAGAUUUCUCCUCAGAGCGUGGUUCUUACACUGAGGCCAGGCGGUGAGCAGACCGUGCAAGUGCAGGUCCGCCAAACGGAAGAUUACCCAGUCGAUCUGUAUUACCUCAUGGACCUCUCGGCCUCCAUGGAUGACGACCUCAACACAAUCAAAGAGCUGGGCUCCCGGCUUGCCAAAGAGAUGUCUAAAUUAACCAGCAACUUUAGACUGGGCUUUGGAUCCUUUGUGGAAAAGCCCGUUUCUCCUUUUAUGAAAACAACACCAGAGGAAAUCACCAACCCUUGCAGUAGUAUUCCCUACUUCUGUUUACCUACGUUUGGAUUCAAGCACAUUUUACCGUUGACUGAUGAUGCUGAGCGAUUCAAUGAAAUUGUGAGAAAACAGAAGAUUUCUGCUAAUAUUGACACACCCGAAGGUGGAUUUGAUGCAAUUAUGCAGGCUGCUGUGUGUAAGGAAAAGAUUGGCUGGCGCAACGACUCACUCCACCUCCUGGUCUUUGUGAGUGAUGCUGAUUCUCAUUUUGGAAUGGACAGCAAGCUAGCCGGCAUUGUCAUUCCCAACGAUGGGCUCUGUCACUUGGACCACAGGAAUGAAUACUCCAUGUCAACAGUCUUGGAAUAUCCAACAAUCGGUCAACUCAUUGAUAAGCUGGUACAAAACAACGUGCUCCUGAUCUUCGCUGUAACCCAGGAACAAGUCCACUUGUAUGAGAAUUAUGCAAAACUCAUCCCUGGGGCGACCGUGGGACUGCUUCAGAAGGACUCUGGGAACGUCCUCCAGCUGAUCAUCUCUGCUUAUGAAGAACUGCGGUCUGAGGUGGAACUGGAGGUAUUGGGAGACACAGAAGGACUCAGUCUGUCUUUCACGGCUCUCUGUAACAAUGGCAUCCUCUUCCCCAACCAGAAGAAAUGCUCCCACAUGAAAGUUGGGGAUACAGCAUCCUUCAAUGUGACCGUGAGCAUAUCCAAUUGCGAGAAAAGAAGCCGAAGCCUUAUCAUAAAGCCCGUGGGGCUAGGGGACACCCUGGAAAUCCUUGUCACCGCAGAAUGUGACUGCCACUGCCAGAAGGAAGUAGAAGUGAACAGUUCUAAAUGCCACAACGGGAACGGCUCCUUCCAGUGUGGGGUGUGUGCCUGCAACCCCGGCCACAUGGGCCCUCACUGUGAGUGCGGCGAGGACGCGGUGAGCAUGGACUCCUGCAAGGAGUCCCCGGGACAACCCUCGUGCAGUGGAAGAGGUGACUGCUACUGUGGACAGUGCAUCUGCCACUUAUCGCCCUACGGGAGCAUCUACGGACCUUACUGCCAGUGCGACAACUUCUCCUGCCUGCGACACAAAGGCCUGCUCUGUGGAGAUAAUGGGGACUGUGACUGUGGCGAAUGUAUCUGCCGGGAAGGUUGGACAGGAGAGUACUGCAACUGUACAACCAGCAGGGACUCAUGUGCAUCUGAGGAUGGAGUGCUGUGCAGUGGACGUGGGGACUGCAUCUGUGGCAAGUGUGUCUGCAGGAACCCUGGAGCCUCAGGACCCACCUGUGAACGCUGUCCCACCUGUGGCGACCCUUGUAACUCUAAGCGAAGCUGCGUCGAAUGCUACCUGUCUGCAGAUGGCCAGGACCAAGAGUGCAUGGAGAAGUGCCAAGCCACCGGCGCCACCAUCAGCGAGGAAGAUUUUUCAAAGGAUACUUCUGUUUCCUGCUCUCUACAAGGAGAAAAUGAAUGUCUUAUUACAUUCCUAAUAACCACAGACAAUGAGGGGAAGGCCAUCAUCCACAGCAUCAAUGAGAAAGACUGCCCCAAACCUCCAAACAUCCCCAUGAUCAUGUUGGGAGUGUCGCUGGCUAUCCUGCUCAUCGGAGUCGUCCUACUGUGCAUUUGGAAGUUGCUGGUGUCAUUGCACGACCGGAAGGAAGUCGCUAAGUUCGAAGCAGAACGAUCAAAGGCCAAGUGGCAAACGGGAACCAAUCCGCUGUACAGAGGCUCCACCAGUACUUUUAAGAACGUGACCUACAAACACAGGGAAAAGCACAAGCCUGGCUUCUCCAUAGAUGGGUAAACAGACCUCCUUCGGCCAGGGGAAAGUCAACUUCACUGAUGUUAAAGGUUAAUGCACUGCUUGAUUUGCCUUUCUUUGUUGACUUAAGAUAAUACUAGGUCAUUUGGAGAUCAGGCAUUCUCAGCUUGAAGGUGAGACACUGUUGGCAGGUUCAAAAGAAUCAAGAGAAGAAUAUCCUAAGUGAAGAGGUGAAUUCAAGAUCGCUUGAGGAAUAUGAACCCUGUUGCACUGAUGCCUCAAAAAAACAUCAUCAAAAUGGUUCAUGGGGACUUGAUUUGCAUUUGAAAAAUGUUCAGAAUUAUAAUCUCAUUUGCUUCCUAAAUCCAGCUACCUAAAACCUUUGUCUCCACAAAGUCACCGAGUCCUUAUGGUUCUAUUCUGUACCCACACUGACUGCUUUUUCUAAACAUGCAGAAAAAUCUCCCAUUUCCUGGAGGAUUUUUGUUUGUUUGGUUGGUUGGUUUUUUAGUUUUGGUUUGGGGUUCUUUGAGACAGGGUCUCUCUACAAAGUCCUGGCUGUUCUGGAAUUGACCAGGCUGACCCUGAACUCACCAAGAUCUGCCUGCCUCUGCCUCCUGAGUACUGGGAUGAAAGGUGUGUACCACAUCAUGCUAGGCAAUUUUUUUUUUUUAAGUACGAGAAAUGAGAUUCUGGUUUCUCAUCCACAGAAAGAAUACAGUUCUUCCUGUAAUAUCCCAAGUGAAAGAUUGAAAACUAAAUGUUAGUAAUUGCCUUAGAUUUGUUCACUUACAAGUUAUUUACACAAACAAGUGUUUUGUUUCACAGAUGAGGAAGGAGUAAUUUAUAAAUUAUGUUGCUAGUAAGACUGAAGACAGGGUCUAAUAUGCUCAGUUUCACUCUUGUCCCCAAGUCCCCCCUCCAUCCUUCCAUAUUUCUUAAUUGUUUCACCCAGCUUCACAGUCUUCAAAACUCCACCUUUGUCAUAUGAAAGUGUCCAUUUAAAAAUAACUCAAAGUGGUUAGCUUAUCAAAAAAAGUUUCAGGACUAUAAAAGGAACCUUGGGUAAUAGAAUAAAAGGUCACAUGACUUUACACCCAGCAUGUCCCUCAUGGAGUCUGGGCUUCCCGUAGGACAUUGCCAUCCCGUCCACACCACCCAGCAUUCACAGCCCAGCUUCACGGGCUGAAUUUGUCACCCACAGGCUCUAAAAAGUAAAAACCACUUACAAAAUCUACACCGGCAGUCAGCAAUUCAGUAGCAGAAUGGAGAGGAAGUCGCUGGAGACUUUUUGUUUCUUCUGGUUACUGCUGCAUUGCAAAGCUCUUUGCUCUCGCUAGAUCUCCACAGAGAAGCUCAGAGCGUAGGCGGAAGAGCCGGGGACAGACUCUCCAUCUUCUAACGCCAAGCCUUUGCUCUCCCUACUGCCUUAAUACUCUUUUGUCAGUAAAACGAUAGAAGGCUUGUGUUAGUUAUGGCAUAACUAUCUUAGUUUGAAAGUCUACUGACACGAAACAAAUAGCGCUUAGGUCCCUGGUAUGCGGGCCAGUUGCUAGAUUUUUGCGCAUUGUGGAUAGUCACGUGACUGGAUAAGUCACGUGAAACCAUUCACUAGAUGAGCAGCUUCUUCAGAGUGGCGGCUUCAUGGUCAUCCACUGGAUUGUCAACUUAGUCUCAAAGUUCCUUCACUCCUUCCCGAUAUGUCUGUGUAUGUUUUGAUUGUCUGGAGUCUUUCUUUUCUGGAUUUUUUAAAUAACUCAGGUAAAUUAGUCAGUUAGUACACAGCUAAACCUAAAAGAAAAAGCUGAAUGAAUCUCCUUGGAUCCCUGAACGACCCAAUAAUAUGGCACUCCCAAUAAUACGGCAGCACUGCCCCCAUUACACAGGGCUGUGUGUGCUAUUUUUGCAUUACUGCUGAAAUGAGACUUUAAAACAUAGAGGUUUCUUUCACGUGUGUAUUAGGAAGAAUUUUUCUUUCCCUAAAUACCGUUUUGACCUGAGGCAGGACCUUGAAAAGGCCAAAACAUUGCCAGUAGUGCUUCUGUUCACUGAAGAGUUAUGUUACAUGAAGAUGAGAUGGUUGUUUUUUUUUUAAGUGGUUUUAUUGUAUUUUGCAUUGGCAUAA